AUGGCUCAAUCAUCGAGGGCCGUGAUCCUGCUGGCUGCGAUCUUGUUGCAAUUCUUGAAUUUGCCGCUUCUUGUCGCUGCGAGUAUCCAAGAAAAGCUCGUCGGAUUUGAGCCAUCCGCCGGGGCCGUUGAAAUCCACAGCGCCACAAUCCUCUACGACGAUAAUGAUCCGAUCGGUAUCAAGAUUGCCGUAAAUAGUCUGGCCGAGGACUUGGAGCAAAUCACGGGCCGCAAGCCACCCGUCAAAGCAUGGCGAGCCGCCAACCAGACCAGCGACUCUGGCUCUCGUACUUCUCCCCAAGCUGUCAUUAUUGCCGCGACCGUCGACUCCCCGCUGCUGCAAAACCUCGAGCGCGCGAAGAAGGUCGAUGUUGAAGAUCUUCGUGGCAAGUGGGAGUCUUUCCACACCACCCUGGUGAAGGAUCCUUUGCCAGGCGUUCGGCAUGCGCUCGUCAUCGCCGGCAGCGAUAUGCGUGGCGCCAUGUUUGGCGUCUACACAUUGUCGGAACAGAGUGGAAAGUCUCCCCUGCACUGGUGGGCGGACGUCCCUGUAACCAAGCACAGGCGGAUUUACGCGCUUGACAAGACGGUGACCCUUGGCGAGCCGAGCGUCAAGUUCCGCGGCAUCUUCAUCAACGACGAAGCCCCUGCUCUCACCGGCUGGUGGGCGAACCACUCAAACAGAACAGACUACACCUUCGACGCCGAAUUCUACGAGCGCGUCUACGACUUGCUUCUCCGCCUCAAGGCAAACUUCAUCUGGCCCGCCAUGUGGGCAAGCUUUAUCCCCAAGCCGGGCCGCAUCUUCUUCACCGACGACAACCGGAGCCAGCAGCUGGCGAGCGACUACGGCAUCGUCGUGUCGACGAGCCACCACGAACCCAUGCAACGGGCGUCCAACGAGUGGACUCUCAACCCGGCAGGCAAAUGGAAUUGGGUUGAGAACAAGAACAAUGUCGUUAAGUUCAUGGAUGAGGGCAUUCGGCGCGCGGGCCAGAACGAGACGUACUUCACGCUGGGCAUGCGCGGCGAGAAUGACGGACCAAUUAACGCAGCCGAUCCUAUCGCUGUCCUCGAGGAUGUCUUUGAGACACAGCGUGGGCUGCUGGCUAAGCACUACGGCAACGAGACGGCCGCACGACAGGUCUGGACCAUCUACAAGGAGGUUGCGACCUACUACGCCGCAGGCCUGACGCCCCCUGACGAUGUGACGCUCAUGUUUACCGACGACAACUGGGGUAAUGUGCAGCGCUUGCCAACUGAAGAGGAGCGGAAAAGAUCUGGAGGCAUUGGUCUGUACUAUCACUUUGCCUACGUUGGACGACCGAAGAGCUGGAAGUGGCAAAACUGCAACAAUUUGCCCAAAGUAUACAAAGAGCUGUUUCAAGCUGCCGAGCGCGGAGCAGAUCGCAUCUGGGUACUUAACGUUGGCGAUAUCAAACCUCUUGAGGUUCCUAUCAAUUUGGCGAUGGAUCUCGCGUGGACCAAGACACGUUUCGACCUGGACAGCCUACCACAGUAUCUCGAGACCCUGGCCGAGAGAGACUUCGGCGCUGAAGUCGCCAAGGACGUCGCGUCAGCUUGGUUGGCCUAUAGCCACCUGAUCGGCAUGCGGCAGUUUGAGACCACCGAGCCCACGACAUUCUCCCAGCUGAGUUUCGAGGAGGCCGACAACAUGGUCAAAGCCUGGAAGUCGCUCGCUGAUCUGGCUCAGUCGAUCAGUGAUAGGCUACCUCGCAAUCGCCGUGACGCUCUCUACCACACGCUUCUGUAUCCUGCGUUGGCUGGGCAUAAUUACAUCUCGAUCGUUCUGGGACAGGGCAAGAACCAGCAGUAUGGUUUCGAGCGACGAAACUCGGCCAACGCCGUUGCUCACAGGCUGAUCGACGAAUUCGAGAACGACCAUGAUCUCGUCCAGAGAUACGACCGCAUCGCCGGCGGCAAAUGGAAAGGCAUCAUGGCGACGCCCAAGUUCGAUAUGAGCGUUGCCGACUGGCGCCCGUCGUCGCGUGACGUCCUCUCCAACUUAUCCUUCGUCCAGCUCCGCCAGGACUUUGACUAUGGUUUCGGGAACCUGGGCAUCUACGUCGAGCAAUCGCGUAGCGCGCUGACGCAGGGCCGCAUCUGCGCCUCUAUCAACCCUUCACUGCCUACGAAAGACGGCUUUUCGCCGAGGAUGCGCCUCAUGCAACCUCAUGGUCCCAAGUCUCGCUUCAUCGACCUGUUCCACCGCGGCGACCAGCGCAAGCCGAUCCCUUGGUCCGUGGGUGCGGCCGAGUCGUGGAUCAAAUUUUCCAAGACGUCGGGCCAAGUCACGGCCGACGAACCGGAGGCACGCAUCGAUGUCAGCAUCGACUGGGCGUCUGUGCCGUCGGGGCUCAGUAAAACGGUCGAAAUUCGCGUUUCGUGGGAACCAGAGCCAUACUUCGACAUUGUUCACCUGCCCAUACUCAACUUAAACGCUCCCGCAGGCUUCAAUGGCUUCCCUGAAACUGACGGUUACAUCUCAAUCGAAGGACCCCACCACCAAAGGUCAUCGGGCGAAGCCAGCGGCGAUGAGAUUGGCUUCCAACACGCGCCUCGCCUAGGCUCCCGAUCCGAAUCCGGCUCCGUCGCAUUACGCCCGUACGCCGCCGCAAAGAAGGCCCCAGAGGAUGCAAAGAAGGCUUGGCUAGAAUAUGACAUCUACAUUCUCGGCGCGGCUACGCGCAACCAGGUCAACGCGACAGUCUACAUCAACGGUGCUUUGGACACCGACCCCGACACCCCAAUGGAGUUCUCUCUGUCGGUUAAUGACGCGGCGGCAAAGUUCACGCGCGUCCUGGGCAAGCCGGCCAAGGCGGGCGAUACGCCUCCAGAGUGGACGGCAGGUGUGGCGGACCACGUGUGGAAGAAGACCGUUGCGCUUGGCAACCUUGCGCCUGGAAAGCACACGCUGAGGUGGCAGGCAAACUCGCCCGAGAUCUAUCUCGAGAAGAUUGUGGUUGGCACGCAGGGCAGGGUGCCAGAUUCCUACUUGGGUCCUCCCGAGACUCGGCUUCUUGAAUGA